GAAGGUAUAGUCAAAGUUAAGAAAUUUCUUUUGAAUUUGAAGUUCAAAAAAAUGAACAAGUGAAUGAAGGAGCGUGGUCCUACAAUUUUUUAAGCCUUUUUUUCCCCUUUUCUUUUCCGCAUUUUCCCGAGAAAAAUCUUUAAUUUGAAAAUUCUUGUUCCACUUCAAGACGCGCACACUUCAUUCAAUUUAUUAUACACUUCGUUUGUUGAAAAUCCAAAACCCUAUUUCCUUUUUCAUCUCAUUCUUCUGAUCAAUUUAUCGUUCCAGGGCUGCUGGUGAUUGCUCUUGCUAAGAUGGCAUUGAGUAAUCCACUCUUUGAUGCUAUACGGAGUAACAGUGAUGUUGAUCCUCCUCAAAUUGAAGAGUCAAUAGAUGUUGGUGAAUUGAUUAAUGAUCCUGCACAAACUGCUCCUAAACCUGCUGAAAUUUUAAGCAGUGUUCGUGAUCUUUUAGAUUGUCCUGUAUGCCUGAAUCCCAUGUACCCUCCAAUUCAUCAGUGUUCAAACGGUCAUACUAUAUGUACAGAUUGCAAACCCAGGGUACAUAACCGGUGCCCUACUUGUAGGCAUGAGCUGGGAAAUAUUAGAUGUCUAGCAUUGGAGAAGGUGGCUUCAUCUUUUGCACUCCCUUGUAAAUACAAAGCUUUUGGGUGCAUCGGAAUAUAUCCAUACUACGACAAGUCAGAACAUGAAUCUCAAUGUUCAUAUAGACCUUAUAACUGUCCAUAUGCUGGUUCCCAAUGCUCUAUUGUGGGUGAUAUAUCCUAUCUGGUGAACCAUUUGAAAGAAGAUCACAAAGUGGACAUGCACAAUGGUAGCACUUUUAACCAUCGUUAUGUCAAAUCAAAUCCUCAUGAAGUAGAAAAUGCCACAUGGAUGUUAACGGUUUUCAGCUGUUACGGUCAGUACUUUUGUCUACAUUUUGAAACUUUUCAACUUGGAGCUGCUCCUGUCUACAUAGCCUUUUUGCGGUUUAUGGGUGAUGAUAGCGAAGCAAAAAAGUAUAGCUACAGUCUUGAGGUAGGCGGAAAUGGGAGGAAGAUGGUUUGGCAAGGAGUGCCAAGAAGCAUCAGGGAAAGCCACUCCAAUAUUCGGGACAGUUUUGAUGGACUCAUUAUUCAGAGGAAUAUGGCACUCUUCUUUUCAGGUGGUGACCGGAAAGAGUUGAAGCUAAGGGUUACCGGUAGGAUCUGGAAAGAGCAAUGACUGGCAGUAAAUGAUGUCCUUCGACUAGAAAUUAUAUAAAUAGUUUGUAGUGAUACUUUUCUUGUAGUGAAUAUGUAUCUUCUAGUCAUAUUUUGUAAUUUAGGAGGCAAUCUCUCUAUGCUUAUCCUUAAAUUAAAUGCAUGAUGAAAGUGAAAUUUGACUAGUAAUGGUCAUGGAAUGAUGAUGUUAUGUUACUGCAUAUUAGAUAGGAGAAAAUGAAAAAGAGAAUUCUCAUGUUACUCUUAUACUCUAUAUAAGGUGUGUCUGAGGCAUGUUAUAAGCA